CUGCUCAGACACUACGCGGCAUCAAAGUCUCGCAUUGACAUCGGGAGGUUCCUGAUUGAAAGAGGAGCAGACAUAAACGCCAAAGAUAAGGCGAACCAGACGCCCUUGCAUCGAGCAGCAACGACAGGAUCUACGGGAUUCGUUGCACUCCUGCUCAGUCCUCCUGAAGGCUCAACAACUGUCAAACUACGGCUGAACACGGGCGACCGGAUAGGCAAUACACCCCUUCAUCUCGCUAUGGAGUCGGCUCAUGCCCAGGUUGCGGUAAUGUUAAUUGAGGCAGGUGCUGAUCGUGGGAGGACUAAUUUAGAUGAAGUAACCCCUGAGAACGUUGAUGGUGUCGGAGGCACCGAGCAGAGAAGAGCGAAGCAACAUGUAAUUGAUCACUGCGGCGAGCCCUGAGGCCUGGUUACUAGACGAGAAAGUAGAAGAAGAAGAAGAGCGGUGCUACCAGUACCCGCCGA